AUGAAGAAGAAUCGCGAGCAGCCAACACACAUUAAUUGCACUGGUCGUGUUAACCGUGUCGACACAAAGUACAUGUAUGUUACGUCUUUUUAUGGAAGUAUCUUUUGCCCUAUCGCAACGACCGUUGCUGAAGAAUGUCCUGAUUUGAAGAAACGUUAUAAAGAAGGGGAUAUCGUGCACGUUAGAGCCAGCUUGCAAAUGCGUAAAAAUCAAUGCACCUACUGCGCUAUUAAAGUUCGUCUUUCGCAAAACUCAACUUGCUACCAAGGUCAACCACUGGGAGAAGAGAUAGAUGAUCAGGAAAUCAUUAUUACAAACGUUCACGAAACGUUGGCUUAUGCAGAGCAUGAGCUCUAUGGUCAAGUGUUUAUUCCUGGAUCUGCUUUUCCAGCCAGUCAAACUGGACGCCUCACAACGCGCAUUUUUCCAGGAGAUAAGAUUAAAGCCAAGAUUCGGGCGCAAAAUGAGAAAAAUAAUUGUAAAUAUCUCGCUAUUUCGGCAAAAGUGAUUGAUGCAAAGGGGGGUGAAAUUAUUACUGGACGAGCACAAGUUAUUGAAGUGGAACAGUAUUAUGCUGUGGCAUGGAAUGAACAAUAUGGACGGGUGCACUGCCCGAUUCUCACCUGGUGUGGUGGCGAUUUGGAUACCGAUGUUGAAACUUUGCCAGAACUGCUUAAAUUCGGUGAUGAGAUUUUGUUCAAUGGGCGAAAAUCUGAAAAGGAUGACCAAUUUCGCGCAACUCGAUGGGUUCGUUCCAAUCAACAGCUCGGACCCUCCAACAAAGUUAUCACUUUUGCAGAUAGCAACACGCAAACGACGCCCACCGUAAUCGAGCUUUUUGUUGGCUCAAUCCCUAAGAAUAAACUCGAUGAACUUCUUGAAGGCAAGCCUGUGCUUAAAGGACUAGUUCUCGACUCGAUCAAG